AUGCAUGCUGCUCCGUCUACUUGGAAAUUCCAGACGCAGCAAACCGCCAGGGCCGGCCGCAGCCGCGGACCUGACUCACCAGAGUCUCCAGUUGACCCGACGAACGCGCCAUCGAAGCCCUGUCACAACUGUCGGCGACAACGGCUCCGGUGUGAUCGCUCAUACCCAUACUGUAACAAAUGCGCGGCCACUGGGAAGGAAUGUCUUGGGUAUGGGAAACUGUUUCGGUGGACCGGCGCCGUGGCAAGCCGCGGCAAGCUUGCUUGGAGGACGUCGAGUGCUCCUGUGGACGCGGCUCGAGAGCCUGCCGCUCCAGCAACACCACAGGCCGACAAGAAGCCAAAUCUGCAUCAUCCUACGCCCAUCAAGUCGUCGCCUCCCGACUUGGGCCUUGCCCGUGACGUGGGAGCCCGGGCUGACUUUUCCAUGCCAGAGCAUACGAGCCAUGUGCAGCUGCUUCUGACAUCACCCUCGGCCGAGCGUCUUGUGGCCAGUCCAUGGCCUUUGGCUGAUCCUCUCUAUCAAGAUAUGCAGCAUGCUCAUCGGUAUUACCUGUCGUAUUUCGCUGCAUCGGCGGCUCACAUGUCCAACUUGGUUCGUGCUCCGCUAGUAAAUUACCACAAAGAUGCAGACGACGGCGUCUCGGCCGGCAUUGAACGAGCAUCACGUUGCGCUCUUCAGGAUGCUCUGGUGGCCAAAUCCACGGCGUUGACCUUGAUGCGCGGUGCUGUGGAAGACAUCAACACAACUGGGCCCGAUGUCGUGCUUGCUGCCGCUCUCUUCUUUAUCAACGUUGAGUUGAUUGAGUCGGGGAAACACGGCUGGAAGGCUCAUCUCGAGGCGGCCGGCAGAAUUAUGUGCCUGUUACAACCUGAUGUCGUGGCAGAUACUGCGUUACGAGACUACUUGUUGUCUGAUUGCUUCAUUUACUUCGUCCUGGCCUCUGCCUUCAUGCCUGCGGCGUCGCCUUUUGACGUCCAAUCCUACUUCCAGCCAUCGCAGAUCCCCUCCAUACUCCGAAGAGCCGCCGACAACAGCUACUUUUGCUGCCCUCCCGAAAUUCUCACCAUUCUGUAUUCUGCUUCUCAACUAUCCAAUGUACCCCCGGACGUCGCGUCUGAGGACGACAUCCGCGCAGCAGGCCUAGUCCUCAUCCAGCAAGCUCAAGCUUUCAACAUCAAGUCCUGGGCCAAUGGCAUUCGAAAUUUGUCUUAUCUACGAAACGUACCGGUCCAAAGCAGAAUUCACACAGGGUCUGCUCACCGCCUCGCAGCGUGCUUGUAUAUUUUGCAGGCGGUUCCGUCCAUGAGCAACAUCAAGGAUCACCGUGAGAUGGUUGAGGCGCUGAGCUGUGAGACAUUUGAGCAUCUGUCCAGCAUUCCCGACGACGACCCAAACUUCAAGGCUACGGCCUGGCCAACGUUUAUUGCGGGAGCCGAAGCCGCCGGUCGUGCUAGAAGAGAAUGGGUCAUCCACAGAUUGCAGCGGCUUGUGAGAUGUUGCCCAUGGGGUUUUAUAUACACGGCUAUGGAGACUUUGCAAACCAUUUGGGACCUGGAAAACACAGGUCAGCGAACCAAGAGUUGGGUCCAUACUUUGAAGGACCCGCAGAUGAACUUUCUUAUUGUAUGA